AAACAAUUAGCUGAGAAUCUACAGAAUGCGUCCGAGAAUCCAACUGAAUCGAUCGUUUCAACGACUUUACGGCGAAAAUGCGACAGAUCGGGAAUCGGGCAAGAAGACGAUAGUGAUUUGGUCACUUUCACACUAUCCAGUAAGCUUGAACGAACCGUGAUCAACAUUCGAGAAGGAUCGAUUAUUCGACAGUAUCGUGCGAAUAACCUCAAGAAAGAGGGUCGAAUAUCGUAUUACGUUUGUCAAACGUGUGAUCUACUGAAACGGAAGGGUGCCAAUAUAGUGGUGCCGAAAAUUCGGGUUCGCUACAAGAGAAUAGUCGGAGAUACACACCCACCGCAUGCGGAACAGUGUCUAGGAAUCUCCGAAGAAAAAAUGUUGGCCAUAGCCGAGGAUCGAGAAGCACGUUUGCGUGUUCGUGAGGGUCUUCAACUGCCGCGCAAUGCAUUCAAUGAGGGAUUCGAACGCACUGUACGAUCGGCCGCAAAUUCGCAAGAAUUGUCGAAGAGAAUGUUCUCUGUAUCGACAAAAUAUCCGUUGUGGAAAAAUGUUCGUCGGUCCUACUAUCGGGCCAAAAAACAUGCGAAAACAAAGAAGCGUAACGAAGCCAUCGAACAAAACGAUGCUAACAUUGCAAACUCAGCAGCAAUGUCAUUCCAAGAAAAUUAUGGGUAUCCGAACGAGCACAGUGUAAAAGCCGAGACAUCAGGUGAGGCACAUGAGUCUCGUAUGGCUCAUGAUUAUGACAUCGCCCUACGUCAAGGACGCAGGAGCUCUGUGAAUGAGCAGCAGCAUUUCGUUGGUGAUUGUAAAAGUCACGAAAUGUUUCUCGGUCAACACGACGACGGUAUGCUUGGUGAUCUGGUUGAUUCGUCGUCGUGUGCAUCGUCGUUCAAUUCGAAUAACCAUAAUCAAGCAACCGAUAAAUGCUCAAAUCGAAAUCUCACGCAAAUUAAUGAACUGAAUAAUUCGAGAACAAAAACGGAUCAUCAGUACGAGGGUUGUAGUGAAGACGAUGAAUUGAUCAAUGUUGUUACAAUUGAGAAUGAACAAACAUCUAAUAUGCUCACAAAUGAGAGGAGCACCACUAUACAUCCAUUAUCUUCAAAUAUCCUUCAAGUUGAUCCGCCGCAUUCAUCCUCUAAUCUCAGUUUAUUCCAACAACAACAACACCAAUUCUCACCGACUACCAAUACUAUCAUACAGUCUCGAUCAUCAGCCAGUUAUUCUUCUGCUUUAGAUGCAGUCAAUGUGUCGUCUUCAAACCCUUCAAACCCGCAUCGUAUGUCGUCCACACGUGAUCCACUGAUUUGUCAUGCCCUUCGAAAGCCUACUUUAACAAGAAAUGAGAUAAACAUCUCGCAAAACUCACAAUUAAUUGACCAGCAAUCACUAGUCAGUCAAAAUGAUGCACUUAGGAAUAACACAUUGAAUAAAUGUAAAUCGCAAACGGACGGUGACCACGACAAUUGGACACCUCCGAGACGUCGGAUUAAAAUAUCAGACGGAGUUACUGUUGAUGGUGGCGUUGUGCCAUUCACUCAUCCGGAUCCAGCAGGCGAUACUGGUGAUGGUGCAAUUCAACGAUAUGAUAGUGGGGGACAGGUUACUGCAACAAUGACCGUUAAAGAGUUUUUAACAGCAAAGAAAACUUGGAACAAAUCAGUUGAUGAAACCAACAACAAUCCUGUAUUAAUUGAUCGAGAAUCAGUGCAAUCGACCUCUACAAAUCAGCGAAUUACUAAUGAAACUAGUAAAUCUUCGUAUGCAGUCGAUCGACUCAGUGGUAUUGGGCAGUGGUUCGGAGCGAAGACGAAUGACCACGAGGAACUGGUGGUUCUCGUUGAGGGUGAUUCUUAUUGGACACUUCAGAUGGUUGAUAGUUCGUCUGAACGUCAUCUGUGA